AGGUGCCUGAGGAAGUUGCGGUGGCUGGUACCUGACAGCUGGGGAGCAAGUGGCGGCGUGCCGCGGGGUGAAUUGUGAGAACGCUCAGACUGAAUGCUUUGCAGGCAGUUCACUAGGCAAAGAGGAUAAAGCCUUUCCCCUUCUGGGAACCCAGCUCGGAUCGGAGGCCGCGCCGUGUUUCUCACCCACGAUCCCCAUGCACUAGAAGUGAGGUGCAGGCUCCCUGAACGAACGAAGAUGGAUAGAAAGAGAGAGGUCUAGAAGAGACGAGUGGCAGGGUGAGGGAUCCUUCUAGAGAGACUUCACAGAAGCAGGAGGAAUAGAAAAGAAGAGGAAAAAAAAAAGGCAGAUGUUAGAAAAAUACAGUGAGUGACCUGCUAGGUGUAAUCAGCCAUGAUUGAAAAAUACAAUCUGUCAACGGGAGAUAAAGAUGCUGCAGCUGUGUUUCAUGAGAGGGGGCCUCGGGUUCCUGGGCGCCAAGCGCCUCUCCCUGAUUCAUGGCGCCUUCCAGAGCACCCAGCGAGUGGAGUACAAGCCCAUCAAGAAAGUCAUGGUGGCCAACAGAGGGGAAAUUGCCAUCCGGGUGUUCCGAGCCUGCACCGAGCUGGGGAUCCGGACGGUGGCCGUUUAUUCCGAGCAGGACACGGGGCACAUGCACAGACAGAAGGCGGAUGAGGCUUAUCUCAUUGGGAAGGGAUUGCCCCCAGUCCAGGCGUAUUUGCACAUUCCUGACAUCAUCAAAGUAGCCAAGGAGAAUGAAGUGGAUGCUGUGCACCCUGGCUACGGCUUCCUAUCUGAGCGCUCGGACUUCGCCCAGGCUUGCUGUGAUGCUGGAGUACGCUUCAUCGGCCCCAGCCCAGAGGUGGUACGCAAGAUGGGUGACAAGGUGGAAGCCCGCGCUAUCGCCAUUUCUGCAGGGGUCCCUGUGGUGCCGGGCACUGACUCUCCAAUAUCAUCUCUCAAUGAGGCCCAUGAGUUCUCCAACAAGUAUGGCUUCCCUAUCAUCUUCAAAGCUGCGUAUGGCGGAGGCGGACGGGGCAUGAGGGUCGUGCGCAGCUAUGAGGAACUGGAGGAGAAUUACACCCGGGCAUUCUCAGAGGCGCUGGCUGCUUUUGGGAAUGGGGCUCUCUUUGUGGAGAAGUUCAUCGAGAAGCCAAGACACAUUGAGGUCCAGAUUCUGGGGGACAAGUAUGGGAAUGUGGUGCACCUUUACGAGCGGGACUGCUCCAUCCAGAGGCGGCACCAGAAGGUUGUGGAGAUUGCCCCGGCGGCUCACCUCGACUGCCAGCUCCGUACCAAACUCACCAGUGAUGCUGUCAGACUGGCCAAGCAGGUAGGAUAUGAAAAUGCUGGCACCGUGGAGUUCCUGGUAGAUAAACAUGGCAAACACUACUUCAUUGAGGUGAAUUCCCGGCUUCAAGUGGAGCACACGGUGACAGAAGAGAUCACAGACGUGGACCUGGUGCAUGCCCAGAUCCACAUCGCGGAGGGGAAGAGCCUGGCAGAGUUGAGCCUGCGGCAGGACAGCAUACGCAUCAAUGGCUGUGCCAUCCAGUGCCGCGUCACCACUGAGGAUCCCUCCCGUGGCUUCCAGCCCGACACCGGCCGCAUCGAGGUUUUCCGAAGCGGUGAGGGCAUGGGUAUCCGUCUGGACAGCGCCUCCGCCUUCCAGGGGGCUGUCAUCUCUCCUCACUAUGAUUCCUUGCUGGUCAAGGUGAUUGCCCAUGGGAAGGACCAUCCCACGGCUGCCUCCAAGAUGAGCCGAGCCCUGGCCGAGUUCCGCAUCCGAGGUGUCAAGACCAACAUCCCCUUCCUGCAAAACGUGCUGAGCAAUGACCAGUUCCUGCGGGGCACGGUGGACACACAGUUCAUCGACGAGAACCCUGAGCUCUUCAAUCUGCGCCCGGGCCAGAACAGGGCCCAGAAGCUGCUACAUUAUCUGGGCCAUGUGAUGGUCAACGGCCCCAUCACACCCAUCCCUGUCAAGGCCCGCCCAUCCCCAAUUGAUCCUGUCGUGCCCACUGUGCCUUUGGGUGACCCCCCUACUGGCUUCCGAGAUAUCCUGCUCCGGGAGGGUCCCCAGGGCUUUGCCAAGGCCGUGAGGCAGCACCAUGGGCUGCUGCUCAUGGACACGACCUUCCGGGAUGCUCACCAGUCCCUGCUGGCCACCCGCGUCCGCACACAUGACCUCAAGAAGAUCUCACCUUUCGUGGCCCACAACUUCAACAACCUCUUCAGCAUUGAGAACUGGGGAGGUGCCACAUUUGACGUCGCCAUGCGUUUCCUGUACGAGUGCCCGUGGCAGCGGCUGCAGGAGCUCCGUGAGCUUAUCCCCAACAUCCCCUUCCAGAUGCUGCUGCGGGGGGCCAACGCCGUGGGGUACACCAACUACCCCGACAACUCCGUCUUCAAGUUCUGUGAAGUGGCAAAGGAGAAUGGCAUGGACAUCUUCCGGGUCUUCGAUUCGCUCAAUUACCUGCCCAACAUGCUGCUGGGAAUGGAGGCAGCGGGGCAAGCCGGGGGGGUGGUGGAGGCUGCAAUCUCCUACACAGGAGACGUGGCCGACCCCACCCGCACCAAAUACACCCUGGAAUACUAUGUCCAGCUGGCCGAGGAGCUGGUGAAAGCUGGGACCCACAUCCUCUGCAUCAAGGACAUGGCUGGGCUGCUGAAGCCGCGCGCCUCGGAGCUGCUGGUGGGGGCGCUGCGCCAGCGCUUCCCCGAGAUGCCCAUCCACAUCCACACCCACGACACCUCCGGGGCGGGUGUGGCCUCCAUGCUAGCCUGCGCCGCCGCUGGCGCUGACAUCGUCGAUGUGGCAGUGGAUGCCAUGUCCGGCAUGACCUCGCAGCCCAGCAUGGGUGCCUUGGUGGCCUGCACCCGGGGCACCAGCCAGGACACAGGCAUCCAGAUGGAGAAGGUUUUUGACUACAGCGAGUACUGGGAGAUGGCACGGGGCCUGUACGCCGCCUUCGACUGCACGGCCACCAUGAAGUCGGGCAACGCUGACGUGUAUGAGAACGAGAUCCCGGGCGGCCAGUACACCAACCUGCACUUCCAGGCCCACAGCAUGGGGCUGGGCAACAAGUUCAAGCAGGUCAAGAAAGCCUAUGUUGAAGCCAACAAGCUGCUGGGGGAUCUCAUCAAGGUGACGCCAUCAUCGAAGAUCGUGGGGGACCUGGCGCAGUUCAUGGUGCAGAACAACCUGUCACGGCAGGAGGUGGAGGCCAUGGCAGACGAGCUCUCCUUCCCGCUCUCUGUGGUGGAGUUCCUACAGGGCUACAUCGGGAUUCCCUACGGGGGCUUCCCUGAGCCCUUCCGCUCCAAGGUGCUGAAGGACCUGCCCCGCAUCGAGGGGCGCCCGGGGGCCUCGCUGCCGGCCCUGGACUUCCAGCAGCUGGAGAAGGAGCUGCGCACGCGGCACCAGGAGGAGGAGAUCACCCCCGAGGACGUGCUCUCAGCCGCCAUGUACCCCAAGGUUUUCGACGAGUUCAAGGAGUUCACGGCCACCUUUGGCCCCGUCGAGUGCCUGAGCACCCGCCUCUUCCUGGAGGGACCCAAGAUAGCCGAGGAGUUCGAGGUCGAGCUGGAACGUGGAAAGACCCUGCACAUCAAAGCCCUCGCACUGGGAGACCUGAACCGGGCUGGCCAACGUGAGGUCUUCUUCGAACUCAAUGGGCAGCUGCGCUCCAUCCUGGUCAAGGACACACAAGCCAUGAAGGAGAUGCAUUUCCACCCCAAGGUGUUGAAGGACAUCAAGGGCCAGAUUGGGGCCCCCAUGCCCGGCAAGGUCAUCGACAUCAAGGUGGAGGAGGGGGCAAAGGUCGACAAGGGGCAGCCCCUCUGUGUGCUCAGUGCCAUGAAGAUGGAGACCGUGGUCAACUCCCCCGUGGCCGGCACCGUCAAAAAGAUCUAUGUCAAACCGGACAUGAACCUAGAGGGGGAUGACCUCAUCCUGGAAAUCGAAUAG